UUCCUCUAUCAUUUUUCAGGUGUGUGCAACAUGAAUUCCCUGUCUCUUCUCCUCUCUCCUUAUCCACUCUCCACCAAAACCCCCAAACCCCCCACCUUCAAACCCUUCUCCCAUUUCACAAACUCUGCAAUUCCACCUUCUCCUCAACCCUCUCUUUCCUCCUUCCAAACACGUUCUCUCAACCCCUUAUCAAAAUCUCUCUUCUCAUUCGCCACGCUCCACCUCCUCACUCCACUUCCGUGCCUCGCUGACGUGGCCUCCGACGCCGGAAAAAUCAGCUUGGAGUCGGUUCUGGUUUCCAUCGACAACUUCUUCAACCGCUACCCGUUUUUCGUUGCCGGCUGCACCUUUAUUUGGCUGGUGGUUAUCCCUCUGACGGAGCAGUAUUUCAAAAAAUGCAAGUUCGUAUCGGCGAUCGACGCGUUCCGGAGGCUCCGCGAUGACCCCAGCUCGCAGCUGUUGGACAUAAGGGACGGGAAGAACGUGAGGUUUCUGAGGUCGCCGAAUUUGAAAUUGUUUGAGAAGGAAGUGGCGCAGGUUGAGUUCACUGAAGGGAAUGAAGAUGAGUUUGUGAAGAAGGUUUUGGGGAGAUUCUCGGACGCGCCGAACACUGCUGUCUGUGUUUUGGACAGUUUUGACGGUAAUUCCAUGAAAGUUGCUGAGUUACUAUUCAAAAAUGGUUUCAAAGAGGCCUAUGCAAUCAAAGGUGGGGUUAGAGGCCAGCAAGGUUGGAUGGCUAUACAAGACUCCUUUUUGCCCCCUUCUGUGCAUAUGAAGAAAAGGAUAAAAGCUUCAAAACAACUCAAUACAAAUGAAAAUGGAGCCAUCCAGCAAAAUGAUAGUAAUAAUAAGAGUUCCUUAUCCCGAGAUAUCUCUCCUGUUGGAAACCAAACAACAGACAAUGGUCAAGUGAAAAGCUCUGCAGAGUCCAUUCCAGAAGUGAAAACUGGUUCUGUAGCAUCCUUGUCUCCUUAUCCCAAUUACCCGGAUUUGAAGCCACCAUCAUCUCCAACUCCAUCAAAACCACAAUAGUGAUGUUGGUUAGACCGUACCCAACUGACAUUUGUUUGGCAGAAAUACAAUUUGGUGGCUGUCAAAUAGUUUAUUUCUAAUUUUACCAUUAUUCUUUUUCUACUUUAUGUUGAAAUUUGAGUGUAAAGCACGUAAUCCUUGUACACUGUACAAACAGAAUCAAUCCAGAUGUUUAGUAUUUGCACCCUAAAUUUUUUAGCAA